AACUGGGAGCUGGGCGGGGUAGGGGUCCACCCGCCUGCCUUCCUGCCUGCCUGCUUGCCUGUCUGUCCAUCUGCCCGCUGGUCUGCCCGACAGCCUGACUGCAGAUCCUGCCUGACUCAGCCGCCGCUGCCACCACCUCCUAGACUGACCUUCCCUUGGUGUCCACUCCCAGCUUCCCCACUCCUAGACCAGCAACAUGGAGUGCCAAGAGAAUCAAUACCGGGACCAGUGGGGACAUUGUGUCACUUGCCAACAGUGCGGCCCUGGCCAGGAGCUCUCCAAGGAAUGUGGCUAUGGGGAAGGAGGAGAUGCAUUCUGCAUUCCUUGUCCUCCCCGAAGAUAUAAGAGUGGCUGGGGUCACCAUAACUGUCAGGCCUGCCUAACUUGUGCUGUCAUCAACCGGGUUCAGAAAGUAAACUGCACUGCCACUUCCAACGGGGUCUGCGGAGACUGUCUCCCCAGGUUCUACUGUAAGACCCGCAUCGGUGGCCUUCAGGACCAGGAGUGCAUCUCAUGCACCAAGCAGACCCCUGUGUCGGAGGUUCAAUGUGCCUUCAGACUGAGCUCCGUGAAGCUUGAGGUACCCACAGCACCCCCUCAGGAAGCCACGCUCAUGGUACUAACGAGCAGUGUGCUAAUUGUUUUCGCCCUGGCUCUCAUAGCCUUUGCCAUCGUCUACUGUAAGCGGUUCAUCAAGCGCCAAUUCCGGCAUGGCUUCAUUGGGUCUCCAGACUUUCGGGGGCAGAGAGAACUAUCUCAACCAUCUAAUUACGCAGGUCCGUGGCCCAGCAGAGAGCUGGGCAUGAAAAAUCUGGGGCCUGUUGUCGAGCAAAAUGGAGCCUCUGAGGAUUCGGUGCAGUUUGUGGCCGACGGUCCAGCACCCAGAACCGAAGGAAGCGAACGGCUUCGUCACCUACACCCCAGCCUUGAGCCUUCCCACCCCGGGCAGCAGCUGGCCGGCAAUCCCACUGACGCCCAGGCACUCAUCCACACCUGCCCGCCUUCUGAAGCCCAACCCGACCCAACGGGGCACCCCCCGACACUUCCUUCCUGCGCUUCAGAAACACAAUCGUGUUGGGCCCACGCCCCCGUCGAAUGCACGGAGCUGGACCUUCACAAGUUUUCCAGCUGCAGCCCUUACACCAGUGCAGAAGGGCACAGGGAAGCUGUCAUCUGGGCCAUGCCAGGGGGCACCGGAGAUAGAGCGGGGUUCACCCCUUCCUUAUACCACUUAGAGGGAAAGUCUCCUGCACCGGAUUCUUCCUUUAAGAUCUCUUCGGCCAAUGGCGGCCACAUGUCCUGGUAAACUGUCAAGCCACCUAUUACUGGACUUCAAUCAAUUGGCUCCAGUAUUGAUGACUUUUUCCGUAUCUGCUCUGCAAGCCUGGGGAGGGUGCAAACUCAGCUCCCCAGGCUAG